AUGUUGCUUAAAGGAGUUACAAUUUGUGCCCCGAACAUUGUCAGAUUUGAAUUCAAUGCCCGUAUUCCCCAUGCGCCGGACACAUUCUCUGUUGCGACAACUACUUCCAAGAGGUGGGACUCACGUGUAAGCCUCUCUUCACGUGAGGAUGAUCCCGAUUUCGACGUCAAUUCGUGGUUCCUUAAGCUGAGACGAGUGCUCAAGGCACUAAGUGGGUCUCGGAUUGAUCUGGCUUUGAAGAUGAACGGCGGUCCUCUGAACGUGCCGUGCAGUGCUGUCGACUGCAAUCAUCUUCUCGGUGACCAUCCACCUGUGGUGGUGGAGGACUUGACAUUUAGUACUUCUAAAUGCCGCACGGCAUCUUGGUACUCGAGCUUUACGAAUGGUUUGUUUCAUGUUUGUCGACCGAGGCGCGUAUGGGGUGAUACGCUAGUGAGCCAGUCGGACAGGAACAACCACAGGCUCACAGAGUUCCAAUUCAAAAUCUUUCUUGAAAAGGAGAGCCUCAGGACAGAGCCCUACUUUUGGCGGCACAAUCUGGAGCAAGUGCACGUGAAAUCCAUCGACGGGAAAAUAUGGAAGCUUGUGCAGUGGACGGACCUUUCGGAACUGCAAAACAGGACGUAUGAUGGGUCAAUAUGGCUAGAGUUGAAAUGGAGAGAUCAGAAGAGGGAGGCAUCAGUACUGCAAACUAUCUGUACACUCUUGUUUUUCUUGAACAAAAUUAUCUAUACACUCUUGCUUUUCUUGAAAUUUAAAUUUCCUGUUUUCUUUCGCUCCAAGUUGAAAGCCUAG